UAAAAUAUGUAUUUAUUUAUUUUAGUGUGGUUGGUAUGCAUCAGCUGCAGGUCCUAAUGUAAAGGGAACUAGUGUUGGUGGAGUCUUGAAACCUUUUUUCCUCCGACAGACUAUGGUAUGACAAUGGAGACAGAACGUGGCAUAAACAAACUUGCUCCAAAUCAACAAAUUAAUGGCAACAGCAGCAGAAUAUCAUCAGACGGCUCCAGCAUGCCACGAUCACCAAGGGUAGAAAAGAGUACAAAAAGUAUGGGAGAUAAGCGAUCAGACCUGGACUUCAUCUUUGGCAAGCUCAUAGGAGAGGGAAGUUUUUCGAGUGUUUAUCUUGCAAAGGACAUCCACACAAAUCAUGAAUAUGCAGUGAAGGUGUGUGAGAAGCAGCUCAUUAUACGGGAGAAGAAAGUGCAGCAAAUAACCAGAGAGAAAGAUGUCAUGAAUCUACUCAACAGUAACCAGAACCCCAAGGCUCCGUUCUUUGUUAAACUGUCUUAUGCAUUUCAGGGGGAACACAAACUUUAUUUUGUCAUGACCUAUUGCAAGAAUGGGGAACUUUUGAACUUAAUACAGAGAGUUGGUAAUUUUGACAGAGAAUGUGCACGGUUCUAUACUGCCGAGCUUGUAAGAGCACUCGAGCAUCUGCAUUCACUAAACAUAAUUCACCGGGAUCUUAAACCUGAAAACAUUCUCCUAGAUGAACACAUGCACAUCAAAAUUACAGACUUCGGCUGUGCAAAAAUACUUACAAAUGAGGAAAUAGAAGCAGUGGACGACGGCAGAGGACGUAAGAGCAGCUUCGUAGGAACAGCACAAUACGUUUCCCCGGAGUUAUUAGAAUCCAAGAAGUGUGGCCGAGCAUCGGACUUAUGGGCCCUUGGGUGUAUUCUCUAUCAAAUGGUGUCUGGUCUUCCGCCCUUUAGAUCAAGGAGUGAAUACUACAUCUUCCAGAAAAUACUCAAGCUGGAGUAUGAGUUCCCCGAGGGAUUCUGUGAAGAAGCUAAGGAUUUGGUGCAGAAACUAUUGGUAGUGGAGGCAGAUGACAGGCUUGGGGCCCAAGACUGUGAGGGAUAUCCCAGCAUAAGGUGUCAUCCCCUGUUCGCUGGUUUAGAUUUUGACUCCCUACACGAGAUGACACCUCCAAAAAUUGCACCUUUUAUGCCACACGUUGCUAAUGAGAUUGAGUGGGAAUUCAAGAGCGAGCCAGGAUUAAAGCCUAUUGAGCUGCAGCUGAUGCUUGGACUUGAACCUAAGGACGAGAAGGGAAAAUGCAAAGAUGAGAAGACUGGUGACACUGAGGCCUCCAAGAAAUCAGGAAAGAAAAAUAUGGCUGAUGUGAGCCAGGAAGAAUUUAUAUUAAGACUGGCUGUCCAGGAACGUGAGAACAAAUGGCACAAAUUCGUGGAAAACAACCUUAUUCUGAAACAGGGUCUCAUGGAUAAGCGCAAGGGUCUGUUUCCCAGGAGACGUAUGUUCCUCCUGACGACUGGGCCUCACCUUUACUACGUAGAUCCUGCUAAUAUGGUCCUGAAGGGUCAGAUUCCCUGGUGUUCCACCAUCUUGCCCGAGGCCAAGAAUUUUAAGACAUUUUUUGUGCACACGCCUAACCGAACAUAUUAUCUGGAAGAUCCCAAUGGCUAUGCCCUAGAAUGGUGUAAAGCUAUAGAGGAAGUCAAGAGGUUUUAUUACCCUGAGAACACAACGUGAUUCUUUGUGCCGGUGUAUUGAACAGCAGCAGCCAGCCACACAGUUUUCACUAUAUUAUAUGAUCAAGCAUUCAUAUGAUGUAGGAAUUAGUCGAGUGUCUUGCAUAGAUGAAACAGGUGGAUGGGGAAGGAAGUAGAUGACUGUUAGGGUUUACAGUAGGGAUUGUAUUAUUUUGCAGCUUGUAUUGUCACUGCAGGACUCAACCACGUCAAACUGAAUCUUUGUCUAAGCCGGUGUUUCUCAUGGUAGAAUUUCUGGGAGUCGCUCGUGUUGUUCUCAAAUAAUUCCUCUCUCUUAAAGCCGAUGUUAUCCUUUUAGUUAGGUUGCAGUAAUUUCCAGCACAGCAGAACGAAGUGGAGGAUCCUAGUUCAUCCAUUGGCCUGUUAGUGAUGUUACAGUGCACAUAGUUGUUUUACAUUGGUUUUAAGUAAAGUUUUAAGCAUGUUCUAUUAGUAAUACAGUACAUAUGAAGGAACAUUACAGUUUUCUACUAUCAUACCUCAUUUAACGGUGCCUCGGCCAACGGAAUUUCGUUUCACGGACAGGAAGAAAACAUUAAUUUAACAAAUACUGUAUAAUGGUAAUUAUAGUUUCAUUAGAAAAAAAUCAAUCGAACAUUAGUGAAAAAUAACCAACGAUAUAAUCUGCCGCUAUCUUUGUUGUUUACUUCCUCUAAGCCAAUCAGCAACCGUCUCAGAACAUAAACAGUAGCCUGUCAAGAUUCGUGUCCAUUACAUCGCAGGAGGUCUCUUCAUAUUUUCACUAUCUACAUGUGUUUUGUGAACAUUUUAUGCCCAGUAUAUCUGGGAAAUGGCCUACAAGUGAGUGUGUUGGUUAACCAACCAAGGUGCCCAGAAAAGUCAUUACUGUACUAUGGACGUGAAAUGAAAGUGAUACGAAGGGUUGAGGCAGGCAAGCAUUGGGUCAAAGCAGUAGGAGUGAGGCAGCGGUGGUAAACCACGCAUCAAGCACCCAAAAAAAUGAACUGGCGAGUGUUAUUUAUUAAAUUUAGUUUCAUUUAUUACCGAUGCUAACAAAGUCUUCAUUGAAAUGUAAAAUUUAAGCAUUGUCACCUCGUAACAGUCUUUUUUUUUUGUUUUAUUAUUGUUGCGCUGGUGUGGUUUACUUGCCGCUUAAUGUUUACUUUUUGUACGGAGACAGCGCUGCAAAAUCACGUGUACUUCUAAGUAAUUGCAACAUUUCUGAUGUUUAUGACCUAUUUUGGAACAUUUAAUCCUUAUUAAGUCAUUCUCUGAGAAAAUAGUAGUAUUGUACAGUGUGUAAAGGGAGGAGUUAUGUAUCAUUUUGAAAAAUUUCACUAUUAGCAAGAAUACAUCUCCAUAAGCACCAUGUUAUAAAGGCCUCUUUUAACGGAUAUUUCCCUCAGCAUCAAGAAAGUGUCUUGUCCGAUAUAAGAGGUAUGAUAGUAUUUAAUAAUUGUUUAUUAUAAUGAUUUUAGUCCAUAGAGAAUUUUCGUCUCAAAAAUGAAUAUCUUGAGAAACUUAUGAAUGAGCCCAGAGAAAAGUUGUGUUCAAAAGAUAUAAACUGCAUUUUUGUUUACCAUUUAAUAUUUGAUGACAAUAAAGCUUAUGAAUAAUAAAUGCAGUUAGUAUUUAAUUUAAUGUAGAUGGAUUGAGUUCUUAUCUUUAGUUAAUCAUCUAUUUUGCUAUUCAUAAUUGCUGCACAAUACUAUAUAUAUAAAAGCUGCUGUGCCAGUGAUAGUCAUGUGAAUCAAGAACAAUAUAAGCCCUAUUAUGUAUUGAUGUAAUUGUGAUGAAAAAAUAUAACUAAUUUGAGUAGUCGUACAUAGUACAGUAUUGGACAACUAUACAGUAAUCAUUAUCAUUAUGUUGUGUACAGUAUUACAGUUUCAGUAUUGCAUUAAAAUGUAAUAUAUUUUAUACCAGUAAACACUGUUCUGUAUUUCUUAUGGUAAAAAUAAUAUUAAUAUUAAUUAAUUAUUAUUUUUUUUUAGAUUUUAACCAAAAUUAGUCAGACCGUAAAAGUCUAAUUUGGCUUCAGUUUUGGUUGUAUAUUUUGCUGACUAAAACAGUAAAAACAUUUUGUGUGUGUAGGCUGACCCGCGCAAGCGUGGAUAAUGACUACGUGGAGACUAUAUACUCCUUGCCAUGUUCAGCUGUGAGAGGGUUACUGUACUUAUUUAACUGGUAAGUUUGAUAUUACAUUGAACUAUUUGAGUCAUUUUUGUUUAUUUGUAGAAGGCAGUGAAUUAAUAGGUCUUUGUUCAAGAGCAGUACAUCGCACCUCUUGGUUACAUCUCCUCCCGGGUGGAUUGGUAAUGAUUUAUUUGUAAGAAUUGGCCUCCUUUAUGGUCUGUUUAUCAUAUUUAUUUAAUACUUAUUUAGAUAAUUUCCUUUAAUGAUGACCAUCACAUUGUGUAUUUUAUGCCCAUAUAAAAAAGAGCAAGAAAUAAUUCCUCUCUUAUUACAAUGUUUAGUUUUACAUGCCAUUACUGUACUGUGUUGGGUCCAGGGAUAUUGUUUUUAUCUUGUAAGAAAGAAAAAAGCCAUCUACUCUUUUUAAUCAAAAAUUUUAACACUUUAUACCUGUUUUAUCUCUCUUCUUUAUAAUUUGGUUUACUCUUUUAUUUAUAAAAUAGGUCCUGACAAAAAAAGUACUACCAACAGAAAUGUAAACAUACAUUAUAACUAAACAGAGAUUUGUGCUGGUGGUCCUGGGAUAGGUUAGGUUAUGUUAGGUUAUUACUACAUGUUAUCUGAAGAGUAAAUUGUUCAUUGGUUUUCUAUUGGCAUUUAAUCUUUUUCAUUAUAUGUCAAUUUCAGUUGAUAUUCCCAAGUUUUUAUCUAAUGUGAAAUGUGAUCGGGCAAUAUUGUUCAUGGCAAUAAAGAAUCGGUUAAUUACAAGGUAUUAAUAUUUUGAAAUUGUAAAUAUUAUCAGUAUUGUAUAAAAUUUACAGCCAUCAAAGUUACUUAAGUUGCAGAACAUUUAACAUUUAUUGAACUAAAAAGUUUUUGAUUACAUGAUCCUUCUAGCGGUAGAUAUCAUCCAUCUUUUCUUCAAAUAAGGAACAACUGUUAUUACUGUGGCACGGCUCUCAUGUUACCAAUGAUCUUUUAAUCACUAAAUUUUCUAGAAGAAUUUUACUUUGAGCAGUGGUAAAUAACAAACAAACAUGAACAUUGUACUGUACUGCACAGGACUGAUGGUCAAAGUCAAGGCUUUUAAACAUCACUGAUAAAUCUACCAGGUCACUUACUAUCUGAGUGUUGAAUUAGUUAAUUUAACUCAAAUAAGUGAUUAAGUUCAUUAAUUUACUAAUUGCAUUUUAAAACAUGGGUUAGGGCAACUUCAGUGAAAUAUCCCCAAUGGGGAGAUUCAUGGAGUUAGAAGCCACUUCCCCCACUAGACAUGUAAAGCUUGUGCCUAUAGGUGUAUAAGCUGGGGAGGGGGAUGAACUUCCCACACAGAAUCAAGACGGAGAGUCAUUCAGGCAAAUUGUUUCCAGAGUUUCGUACAAAACAGGAAAGCAGUGUAAUUGAUUUUAACACCUUAUAAUACUAAGCUAUUUCAAAGUCAGAUUUGCCUAACUCGUCAGUUCAUCAGGUGUGCAAGUAAGUUAUACUUUAAAUUUCUACAUAGUACUGUGCUGUAUGUACAUUUGCCUACAGGUAGUAUAGUGUUCCACCCCUCAUUGGGUUCUCCAAACAUGUGGCAACAUUGGAAGCCUUUUAUGAAUGAAUCGGUAAUGUGAGAACACAGAGCUGUGGCCAACUGUACCUACCGUGUAGCUAAAUACUAAUUAAUGUCUCAUACACAGCUUCACAAGUUUAGGGUGUUGCUCCACCAAGGUAACUUGUUGGAUAUUAGGUAAGGCAGCUGUGUAUCAUGAGCACAUAGUCCCCAGCUUCCUCCUGUACUAACACUGGCUAGACCAACUGCUCGAACGGCUAGUAAGUUGAUAAUUGGUGAAAAAUUAUAAAAAAAAACAUAGUCUUGCUGACCUCACCAUGGUCUGGAUCAAUCUGCUGCUGGUAUCAUGCCCAAACAAAGGUCCCUUACACCUACUUUAUGUUUGUGGCAAACAACUGAAUACACACAUGAUUUGCUAUCAUGGACUCUCUCCAGGCAAAUAUGUAAAAUUACAAGGUUUUCAUUCAGUUCACAAUUUCACAUUACAUACUAAAUUUGAUUUUCAGUACUAAUAAAAGUCACCAUGUUUGUCAGCAGGCUGUACUUAUAAUCUAUAAAUUAAUACUUGUACAUACAUACAUACAUACCCUGUACAGUACAGUAUUAGAAAAAUGUUGUAUACACAAGUUUAGGCACUUGUGGCUUCUUGGGUAUUGGGCGUGGUAGGUGUAUAAGUCAACUAUGUACUCCCUGACCUGUGACUGGAGUGUGUAAGGUCCAGUAAAGUUAAUACAAUGACAGUGAACAAUGUUGGCAUAAUAUUAUCGGCUCCCGGACAGAUGGCCGACGGACAUUUGACCGAACGGACAUUGAGCCGACUGACAUUUGGCCGAACGGACAAUAGACCGAACAGACAAAUGGCCGAACGGACAAUAGACCGAACAGACAAAUGGCCGAACGGACAAUAGACCGAACGGACAAAUGGCCGAACGGACUUUUGGCCGAAUGGACAACAACAACAAAAAUAUCUGCUUACCUUUACAACCUCUGAAGAGCGACUGCAUCCGAGUCCAGGCAAGCAGGGCUAACGUUUGGUUGGUUUGGAGCAUGGCUAAAAACUUCACCUGACUUAACGUGAUUAGUUACGUCGCCCUUUCUUUUGUGUUUGUGGUGGUGUUGGUGUGUGGAUUAGCGGAUGUCAUGUUUUUGACCUGACCAUGUUUUGUAAGGUCACCCUGUGUACAUAAACCUCUCUGUCCUUGUAAUUCACUAGUUAAAUUGAAAUUGGGGAAAAUAAUGCUGAUUGUUUCCGACGUCUACCAGAUAUUAAGCACAAGACUGAAGCAAUUUUUAUAAAGCAAUUAGAUUACAAUUAUUCCGACGUCUACCAGAUAUUAAGCACAAGACUGAAGCAAUUUUUAUAAAGCAAUUAGAUUACAAUUAAUAUCUUUUAUCCUUUAGUAAAUGUGCAAAAAAUACAUUGCAAAGAAGAAAAAAAAAAUUAAGGCCAUAUGUCCAUUCGGCCAAAUGUUUGUUCGGUCUACUGUCCGUUCGGCCAAAUGUCCGUCUGCUCGAUGUCCGUUCGGUCAAAUGUCCUUCGGCCAUAUGUCCUGCCACGAUAUUAUCCAUGUUAUAUUUAGUAUCACAUAAGGUACUGAUAAAAUUCUUCAACCUUUGUGAUAAAUUAAUAACUUCAAUGCCACAUACAUAGCAGGUCUGGAAUCAUCAUCAUCAUCAUCAAUGCUUUACAGCCAUUAUCCACACUAGUGAACCUUAGCCAGAAUUACCUGAUGGCAGCUCUCCAGGCUGCACACACUCUCCGGUCAGGUUCUUGACUCUGUUAUUUCUUACAAACUCUCCCCAUGUCAUUCUUGGCCUGCCCCUGGCUCUCUUCAUUUCCACAUUUUGGCAGUAGUCAGAUUUUCAUACAGGACACUGUUUUAGUGCCCCAUUUUCACAAACACACUUAUACUAUACUGUACCACAAAGUUUCCUGUAAUAUUAUACUGUAUCUCCAACAUAAAAGAGUAAACCAAUACCUUCACCACACAGGAGGCAAGAGACAUAUGGUAGUGUGGUAUUGCAGUCCAUAAUUUACUAUAAUGUUUAUCUUAACGUUAAAUGUAUAUACUGUUGUGUAAAGUUAUAUUGCUUUAACAUAAAUAAUGCAAUACAUUACAGUAUUUUCUUGUCAGAAAUAUUAUGUACUGUUACUUCUUAAGCCUCUUGUGUACACAGUAAGUUAAGUUUGUCACCACGACAAAAGUCAUAGGGGACCACUUGUGUGAGGUCUGGUCAUCUUUAUUCUGCUGCCAUUUUAUCCUCUAAAUGUUUUUUUUUUUUUUUUUUGCUUUAUAUCAGUGGCUUUGGUUAUUGUUUUGGCUUUAACAUAAAAAAAAUGAAUAAAUAAGACGAGAACAA